AGGUUUGUUUUUAGUAAAUGAUGGAGUUUUUAAGAAACCCACUAAUGGUAUCUCAUAUACCAUCAAGGAGAUUUAAGAAUUGUUUAUGCAUCUCUUCUAUCUUCUAUCCCUUUUCUUAGGUGAAGAGAUUGUACCAGCAUUCAAUUCCUGUCACCAGGCCCAAUAAAAUCACCUGCAACUUAUCCUUAAAAUUGCAUUGGAAGACUCAACUUUCACAUAAUCCAAAGUCCCAGAGCCUUCCAAUCCUCUAUAUAAACCCAUCAUCCUCCACACAAUUUUCUUCAACCUGCCUGCCUCCAACACCAAAGGAGUAGAGCUUCUUCAGUUAGCUAAUACAGUUACUUUGACAGUUAACCAUGAAGAACACCUUCUUCUCUAUGGUCUUCCUCCUCUCCUUCCUCCUCUUCCUAGCCAGCACUAGUGGAGCAACCGUGCCAUGCGGCACUGUUGACAUGAAGGCAGCCGCAUGUGUGGGGUAUGCUACUGGCAAGCAGCCAAAGCCAUCGCCGGCAUGCUGCUCUGGACUUCAACAGCUUGCUGCAACUGUGAAAACAGUUGAUGAUAAGAAGAAUAUUUGCCGAUGCUUGAAGAAUGGUGUGAAGGCGUUCGCAGGCGUUCAGGACAGGCUCUUGAGCCAGAUUCCCACAGCUUGCAACAUCAAAGUUGGGUUCCCGGUCUCCUUGAACACCAACUGUGAAACGAUCCACUGAAAUACUUGGGAGUUCCAAGUUGUGAGUGGAAGGGGUGACUUAGAGAAACCAAGGAAUGAGUUAAAUAAAACAGAUUACAGCCAUGUUUCAUGGUGCCUAUGUGAGACCCUUGCUUUGGUCUCAAUCAUGUAAUCUUCAUCCAGUUUCAAUGGAUCAGUUCCAGUUUAGUCUUUGAUCAUCUUCA